AUUAUUGGAGGGAAAUAGAAGGUAUUGAAAGCAAAUUUUCUUAGUGGCAAAAGAAUUACUUGAGGAAUCAGGAAUAAGAGGAAAGGUAAGUAUGGUUAAUUUUUGUUUUUGAGCCUAACUUCGUCCACCCUAGCCAUCCCUACUUCCUCCUCUAGCAUACAGAUAGGACAGUAACCAAAAAUGAAAGGAUUCCAGAAGGGGCUCUGCAAAUCCAGCCCACGUAGUCAGUGGUGGUGAGACAUGCCCUUCACAGAAAUAAAAGAUUCUUUCAGCCCAAAACGCAGCACUCAUCCCUCUUUCCUUUCAGCUCCAGGCUUCCUCAGAUGACCAAAGCAUCACAACCCUGAUGCCGAACACCUCCGAUUGGCUGUCCCCAGCCAGGGUCAGAGGAGCCAUGGGGAACAGCACCACUGUCACUGAGUUUAUCCUGCUGGGGCUCUCAGAUGCCUGUGACCUGCAGAUGCUCCUCUUCCUGGGGUUUCUCCUGACCUACCUCCUCACUCUGCUGGGGAACCUCCUUAUUGUGGUCAUCACCCUCAUGGACAGACGCCUCCACACCGCCAUGUACUACUUCCUCCACAACCUUGCUGUCCUGGAGAUCUCGCUCACCUCGGUCAUUUUUCCCAAGAUGCUGAACAAUAUCUUAACUGGAAGGAAGACUAUCUCUCUACCAGGCUGCUUCCUACAGAGUUUCCUCUAUUUCUUCCUGGGCACCACAGAGUUUUAUCUCCUGGCAGUGAUGUCUUUUGACAGGUAUGUGGCCAUCUGUAACCCCUUGCGCUAUGCCACCAUCAUGAGCAAAAGAGUCUGUGUCCAGUUGGUCCUUUGUUCAUGGAUGACAGGAUUCCUUCUCAUCAUUGUUCCAGGUUCAAUCCUAUUUCAGCAGCCAUUCUGUGGUCCCAAUAUCAUUAAUCAUUUCUUCUGUGACAACUUUCCUAUCCUAGAACUCAUAUGUGCAGAUACAAGUCUGAUAGAGCUUCUGGGCUUUAUUGCAGCCAACUUCAGCUUACUGGGCACUCUCUCUGUGACAGCCACCUGCUAUGGCCACAUCCUCCACACCAUCCUGUGCAUCACCUCAGCCAAGGAGAGGCAGAAAGCCUUCUCAACCUGCUCCUCCCACAUCAUUGUCGUGUCUCUCUUCUAUGGCAGCUGCAUUUUCAUGUAUGUCCGGUCAGGCAAAGGUGGCCAGGGGGAGGACAGAAACAAGGUGGUGGCCCUGCUCAACACUGUGGUGACCCCAAUGGUCAACCCCUUCAUCUACACCCUGAGAAACAAACAGGUGAAGCAGGUGUUGAGGGAGAAGGUGAGCAAGCUCCUCUCAUAAAGCUGUGGAACAAAGAGGCUGAAGAUAAUGUUCCCAGACGAGCUAAGGAAAUAUCAGGCCCCUGCAAGAAAUUCAGCCUUAUCUUUCAGAAAAAGCUCUGAUGACAUUUACGCUGCGGAAAAAUGGUGCCAGCAAUAUGCAAGUCAGCAUAAACUCAAAAGCUCUCUUGCUCCUCAUGGCAUUUUUAUUAAAUAUCAAAUUUGAAUAUUUAUGUUCAUUCUUUCUGUGUAUGUCUGGGUUCUCAGCAGAAUACAAGUUCUUUGAGGUCAGACACUAGCUCUGUAUUUCACCAUAAGCCCCAAUCAUCAGUACAUUGACAUAGAAAACACAGACAUUCAAUAAAUACUUGUGGACUCGUUAAUGACUUUUCGUCUCCAACACCCUCAGAGGAGAGAACAGUCCUCUGUUGCGUAGCUCUCAUUUCACACCGGUACUGUGUCCUGUCACAGAAA